CAUGCGCAUUCGUUCCCUUUUCAACGCCAGUUCUCAUGUCAGCUAGCGAAACAAGUUCCUUAAAUCCCUGGCAUAUUUAUUAUGAAUAUUAAGCUCCAUUUCGCAUAACACUUUUUUUCAGUUUUUACGCUAAAUUAGAAUCCAGUUGACAACAUGAACAUAAGAAAUGCAAGACCGGAAGACCUCAUGAACAUGCAGCACUGUAACCUGCUGUGUCUCCCGGAAAACUAUCAGAUGAAAUACUACUUCUAUCACGGCUUGUCAUGGCCUCAGCUGUCAUACAUCGCAGAGGAUGAAAAUGGGAAAAUUGUUGGUUAUGUGCUAGCAAAGAUGGAGGAGGACCCAGAUGAUGUGCCUCAUGGACACAUUACAUCACUGGCUGUAAAGCGAUCCCAUAGACGCCUUGGUUUAGCCCAAAAACUGAUGGAUCAGGCCAGCCGAGCAAUGAUAGAAAACUUUAAUGCCAAAUAUGUCUCCCUUCAUGUUCGUAAAAGCAAUCGAGCAGCUCUACACCUGUACUCCAACACCCUAAAGUUCCAGAUUAGUGAAGUAGAGCCUAAGUACUAUGCUGAUGGAGAGGAUGCUUAUGCCAUGAAGAGGGACCUUGCCCACAUGGCCGAUGAGUUGAGGAAGCCUGGAAUUCGCGUGUCCGGUCAAGAUGCACCAUCUGGCCACGACCAGGAGAGAGAGAGCGAGAGGGACAGCGGAGGAGAAAGCAAAGAACAGAGUGAAGUCAGCGAGGCAACAGAGAGCACAGAUGUUAAAGAUUCCUCUUCUGAUUCGCAAUGACGCUGCAGAAGACAUUUUUAAAAGCAUCCCCCACUUCCUGUUUUUAGCUCUUUUUGGCUGCAUUUUUUGGCUUUGCCAGCUGGCUAUGUGUGCUUCAAGACACCAAAACCAUUACACCAAUCUUUUCUUUCUUUCUACUUUCCUUUGCUGUGAUAAAGGAGACUUGGAUAGCAAAUGGUGUCUUUUGAAAUUAAACUAAAAUGAAAUACUUG